CUAAGAAAGAUGAGGUAGCCGCGAUCCUUCUACCAUCAAAUGCAACCGCCGAAUCCUUUGCCAUGCAGGAACAGCAUGUGUUCGUGUCUUCGAUACGAAUGCUUGUGACUUUGCUGCAAGUUCAUUGGACAAGCAAGUGGUAUCUGUUAUUUUCUCUACCUCUUUUGCUAUAUCAUAUCCUGGUGUGCCGGUUUUGAAAGUUCUUGGCUGGCAAUCUUAAGAAAGUCUAGGUCUCUUUAUCUAGCAAGAUGUGACUGUCAGGCCUUCGCCACUCUCCAUUCGGUGUAUGAAUCUUUGCUCAUAUUAUAGAAGUCUAUACUCGGGACAUGGUCUCUUUGUGAAACCCUUCUCCAUCCAGCUUCUCGACAUGACUUUCUUCUCUUCUUGACUGAUGAAUCUUUUACUUGUUCACACGCCUGUUAAUUUUUGAUGACUUCGGCAUAUUGCGCAGCUCGAUACCUCUGUGCUAUUGACUCGAGAAUACGUGCUUAAAGGAUAUCAAAGAGUCGAUGAGGAUAGAGGGUAAUCUGGAAUUUUCGCGAUAUUUACGGCGCGCUGUCACGGAGUCUCUGGUACAUAAGAAUGAUAAGAUGCAAAGGAGGGGUGGGAUGAAGGCUCUCGAGAUGUUGCGCCGGGCGCAAAACGACAUUCCAUCAGGGCUAGAUCCCGUCAAAAAUAUGUGCCAAAGAUGGUAUCAUUCGUCGGUAUUGAAAAACGAAAUUUUGUACAUAUAUGGGGGCUAUGAAACUUUUGUUGAAUCUAACAAUCAUGGUGGUAUAACCGGGAGUAUCACUAUGGGUACAAAUAAUUAUAUGAUAGGUGUUGAAAUGAACGAAUCCUGGAAUUGGACAAAGGCUUCCGCAAGUCUGCCACUGGUAUCGGAACAGGUCUUUCUCUCCGAUUCCGAAUCAUCAAAUGCGUUUUCAUCUGUAGUUCUCAACGGUGCUCUUUUUUCUGGAACCCCUGGUGCCAAUGAAAUAUAUUUAUAUGGCGGAACCGAGCAAAGCAUGAAUACGAGCUUCUAUGGCUACACCGGCCCUACAUCACCAAAUCAGACCCUUCUGUCUUAUGAUGUAGCUCAAAAUCAAUGGUCCUCGAUUGACGUAGACUCUACGAUACCCGAGAAACCUAGUUUCGGGGCGAGCGCUGACAUUCCAGAUCAAGGUCUUGGGUUUUACUUUAAUGGCGAGAUCAAUAACGGGUCGAGCACAGAAACGACCUCAAUUCCUGCGGGAAGUUCUGUGCCCCUGGAGGGUAUGGUUAUGUUAAAUAUGACGGACAAUACGACAAGGAAUAUCUCUACUGCAGCCAUCGACACAAAUUCGAGAACAGGGGGCCUUUUACAAUACAUACCUGGAAUAGGAGAGAAUGGCAAAGGCAUACUAAUCCAGUUUGGUGGUAUGUAUCGUCAAGCUGGUGAAUUGUCAGAUGAACUAGGAGGCACUCUGGCUUCAAUGGAUCAAAUCAAUAUUUUCGAUAUCAACAGUGCAUAUAAUGGAGGGAACGGGUCUUGGUUUACUCAACAAGCCUCGGGAAAUAUUCCCCCAAGAAGGAUGGAUUCAUGUACCGUUGUCGCCACUGCUCCUGACAAUUCCAGUUACAAUAUAUACCUUUAUGGCGGACAAGACGGAGGUUCUGUAUCUUAUGAUGAUGUGUUCGUGCUCUCAUUACCUUCAUUCACGUGGAUAAAAGUCUAUGAGUCUGUGCCAGGCAGUCCACGUUUUGGACACACCUGCCAUGUAGUUGGAAAUAGACAGAUGUUAACAGUUGGUGGGGCUCAAAAGAAGUACUCAUCUUAUUGUGAUUGGGAAAGCUCGGGAGUGGCUAUCUACGAUAUGUACACGUUAUCAUGGACAUCAACGUUCUAUCAUGACGCCAACAGAUACAUUGUCCCAGGUAACAUCACUGAUGUUAUUGGUGGAAAUUCCAGUGGUUUUGCACAACUUAUUCGCCCUUCUGGGGACUUUACAAAUGCGAAAGUUGCCUCACUUUUCAAUCAAGCUCUACUGACCGCAAACACCAACACCUCCAGCACUACCAAUACUACUGGCAGUACUACGACUAGCUCAUCUGCUACAGCUUCGACGGCAAGUAACAACGUAAGCCAUGGCGCAAGUACCGGCGUGAUAGCCGGCGCUACCAUUGGAGUCGUGGUUGCCGUUCUUAUCAUCUCUUCUCUGGUAUGGGUAUGGCGCAGAUCAUCUGCGGCUGGUCGCAUCAAAAAUCAAGAAGGGCCGAGGACUGAUUCGCGCCAGUCUCUCAUUGUGGAAGAUGGAAAAGCCCUUAGUCGGCUCCGAGCAAAUGUAAUGAGUAUGGCUUACGAUCCUAGCAAUCCUUGUCGUGUGCCUGGAAUAGAGGCACCAAAGGAACAGACCCGUGAGAAAUUAGGGUCUUAACUUUCUCUCAAUUGAAAUAAUCAUUCGAAUGUAAAUAUUUAGGUAGUUUAAUUUUGGUGUGCAUAUACCAUAGAUAUCUAAUCUUACUGCUUUCCCGCA